CUUUUUGAUAGUUUUGUCGAUGAAGAAUUUGUUUACAUUAUGUAGCAAUUUGAGAGAAUUGAAACUGAAAGAGUUUCAUGACAAACCCUGCAUCAAUUCGGUAUUGAAGAUUGAAGGGAUUUGAAGAAGGAAACACCAUUGUUUACAUUAACUAACAAUUGGAUUUCUGUGAAAUGGAUAUGAGAAUUUGGGGGGAAGCGUUGUUGCAGAGUUUCAUGACAAAUUCUGCUUCAACGAUAGAUUGGAGCAUGAAUGAGAACAUGCUUAACUAUGCUCAAAAUUAAAAACUCUAGUAACUCUGUAAUAUUGUGAAAUUCGCGUUAAAUAUUCGUAUAUAUAGAAGACAAUUUCAAGUAAGGCUCACAGUAUAAAAUUAAACAUUGAAAGUGAUAUUAUGGCGAACGCAGAUUUAAUAAACUUAUUCAAUUCUUUCAGUUAUAAAAAAAUAAUAACUUUGAAAGAAAUGGAGGAUAACAAAGAAUACAACAUCCAUGGCGCCUUUAGAACAAAUACAAAAUAUGGGGAAAGAAUUGUGCUGAAAAUUAAUGAUGCUAUCCUCUAUUUGCCGUCAAGAUUCCUCUCGCUGGCGGAUGAAUACAUAAAAGAAAUAGCUGGUGGGGGUUAUUCUGUGACGAAAACUGUGUUGAAAGAUGGAAGCGGAAAGAGUCUUUACAAACUAGAAUUAAAACAUUUGGAUCAACCAGAUUAUUUUUAUCAACCAUAUUUAACAUAAACUGAAAAGUAAAUAAAUAUUUUGUUUGAAACUAAAAAUUGCAAGCUGUUUUCAUUUUAAUGUGUACAGAGAAAUAUUUCAGUUUAUUAGUGAAGCUUUAGAAAGGAAGAUGUCUCUUCUUAAUAAGGAAGACGAACGCUUAAAAACCUUUGCUCGCUGGCCUUUAAAUUAUCCAGAUCCCAAGACAAUGGCUGCAGUAGGACUUUAUUAUACUGGAGUAGGAGAUAUUACCAGAUGUUAUUUUUGUAAAGUAAACAUUCAUAGUUGGGAUCAAACUGAUUGUCCUGUUACUGAGCAUUCAAGGUUGACAUAUCGUUGCCCAUUGCUGGAAGGUCGUGAAACAACUAAUGUCCCAACUAUUUCAAAAAAUUGGAAUUGUACGCCUUCUGAAAUUGGUGUAGAUGUUUGUGGUCGUGGAGCGAGUAAAUGUUCAACCAUUUUCUUAUUAUUGUUCACUUUCAUUACCUUUAAUGCUUUAAAUAAAGUUUUAUGCAAAUAAUACAGUUGCUUGUUUUUAUUUAUUAACUUUAUUAAUUUCAUCGUCUAGUAUGUAGCCAAGUUCUUUCCAGUUUUGUUCAAUGAAUACAAAUAUCUUAAAUAUAUUAUUUACGGCACACUUAAAUCUAGUGUCCAAAUGUAUAGGACAGUUUGUAAAAUAAUUUUGGCAAGCUCGAAGUUUCAUAUUAUUUUCUAAAUUUAUAAUGGUAGAAUGAAUAUAUUUCUGUAAAAAGAUUUUCUUUUCUUGUCCAACGACAAAAAUAUAUUGAUAGUUGUUCAAUGGUGUAAGAGCUUUCUCGAUAUCAUUAUAAUUUUUUUCUCCAUCCGUCCAAUCUAAGCCAUUCACAUGUGUCUUGGUGUAGGCAUUUGUUCUGCAUGCUUCCCCAGAAAGUUCUUUUAUAUUAAAAGGUGGACGAAACAAAAAAUAAUCUGGAACAACAGAAGCACCACACAUAAAUGAUAGUUCCUUCACGAAAAUACUCUUGUGGUUUCCAUGGCAAUAUUGAAAAUCAACCAGUGCAAUAUCCGAUCUAUUGAUUUCAAUCAUCUUCUUAGGAAAGUUGAAUUUGAAUGGAGGGGAUAUCAUCGAUGUUGGAGUAUUUAUAAAAUUUUGUUCAUGUCCAAUAAAAACUUCAAACAAAGAUGUCCACAAUUGUAUGUAUGAAAUCGUUGAUCUCUUUUAUAAUUGUAUGUAAUAGCUGGUCCCAAAUAAUGUAAAACUUCUACCGGGGGUUGAAGAUUACCGAAACUGUCGUAAUAGUCGAUAUUAUUAUUGAUUUUAUUAUAUGCCACCCAAUGCGUGCCAGGUCCACUGCUAACAUCCAAAUUUAUGAUACCACAUUCAAUUCGAUGUGGUUUCUUAGGUAGAUUAUCACGCAUAUAAACACCUCUAAAGUGAGGUAUAUAUUUUUUCCCAAAAAAACUAAUAUUUACAUCGGUUAGAGGACCUUUGGGUAGCUGCUUAAUUAGUUUUUUGGAGUUUUAUUUUCAUCAACAUAAAUUCCAUAGCCCUUUUUAUAUGGUUUGAGAUAGAGACCUUUACCCAUAGCUAUAGCUUCUAUUGUUUUGUUAUGUCUGGUUUGUUCAUCCAACUCUUGUUUGGCUUUUUUUGCAUUUAAAACGGCAUUGGUAAUUGCUGAACUACCCGAUGCUAAGGCUCCCAAUGCUCCUAAUCCAGUUAGAAUGGGAAUGAGAGGAAGAAAUCCACCUCUUUUGGGGACGCUUAUUACUCGCGGUAUAGCGACCUUUGAUUUUUUUCCUCGAAACGUCUUUUGUAUUUCAUGUCUGGCUAUUUUUAUGGCUUCAUCAAUAUCAGUUGGUUUUUUGCUUUUAAGGGAAAUCGUAGCUUUUUUUAAAGCGUUUUUAAAAAGUUGUUGACCCAAUAUUUGUUUGGGGUUUUUAUUACCCAUGCCUAGCUUUGUCUUAGCCUUCAUUAUGUUAGUUACAAGAUAUGCGCUAAUUUUUUCUCCAAUGUUACUAUUUUUCGAUUUUACUCGCUCCCAAGCCCGUUCAGUUAGUUCACGAUCAGCAAUGUGACGUUGUUCAAUAUCUUUAUUUUGUGAAUAGGCAAUAUCGUGUGCUCUACACGCUGCAUCUAAUGGAUUAAUACCUUGAUCUCCUCUUUGAAUACGUUUUUCUAGCUUUGUUCCAGGUCCACAAAAUUGAUAUCCUGGUAAAUGAAGUUCAACGGGUAAAGAGUUAAUCAACUUAUUUACCAGUCCUCCUCCUUGAACGUGUUUCUUUCUAAUAAAUCGCUUCGUUUUGUAAACAAUCAUUUUAUACUUUUUAGCGGGACGCUGAACGAAAGAAAUAUCGAUAUUUGAUUAUAUUAUAAAUAUGAAUGUUUUCUUAAAACUACUCAUUAGUUUAAAUCAUGAGAUUACUGGAACAACAAGCUAAAAUAAUUGUUCAAAAUGUGGAUUUUAUGAAAAGAAAGACCCCUCGUCAUAGUACUUUGCUGCCUGAUUCUAUACGAGCCUUAAUAGUAGGACCAUCAAAUUGUGGAAAGACUAAUGUGAUGCUUAGUUUGAUAGAAAGCCCCAAUGGAUUAAAAUUUGAAAAUGUUUACAUUUACUCAAAAUCGCUGUAUCAGACAAAAUAUGAGUACCUAAAGAAACUGAUAUCCACUAUAAAGGGGAUGAGAUUGUAUACAUUUAAUAACAAUGACGAUGUUAUACAAACGGACGAAAUAAAGCCAAACUCAAUCAUGAUUUUUGAUGAUGUUGCAUGCGAUAAACAAAACAACAUUAAAAAUUACUUCAGUAUGGGGCGACAUAAGAAUGUUGAUUCGUUUUAUUUGUGUCAAACAUACACACGUAUACCAAAACAUUUAUUGCGUGAUAAUGCGAAUUUUAUAAUCGUGUUUAAACAAGAUGAUCUGAAUUUAAGACAUAUAUUUAAUGAUCACGUCGGAUGUGACAUUAGUUUUGAAGAUUUCAAAAAAAUUUGUCAUGAAUGCUGGAAGGAAAAGUAUGGAUUUCUAACGAUUUCCAAGGAUGACGAAAUUCACUCUGGAAGAUACAGAAAAGGCUUUCAUAUAUUUAUUCAACCUUAAUAUUAUUUAAUGUAUUUGCAAAUGUUAAUUUAUAUUAGUGCACCUACAGCCAUGGAGGAGGAAAUGCUGAAACGGCUUGUUAAGUCCAGAAAUGUCUUGAAAAAGAAAUUUCAAAGCAUUAAAAUGGGUGAAGAAGCUAAAACUACAGAAUUGAAAAAUACUUUCAAACCAAUAACGGAGCCAAUAAACAAACUACUAAAGCUUUCAACUGAAAAUACUUCCAAAAUGAUUAUGCCUAAGAAAGAGAAAAUGGAAAUGUACAGAGAUUCUAUUAUUACAAGUACACCCCUUAAGAAUUAUAAACCAGAUGUUAAGUUAGAUUCCAAUGCAUUGGAGGGGUUAAAGCAUAAAGUAGAUUACACACAAAAUUUCGAUUCCUUUAAUACAUCACAAGACGACGACAAAUUUUAUUCCAACAAUGAGGAACCUAUGAAUCUAUCAUUCUUGAAGAAAAUUAAAAAACUAGAUGUAGUCUAUGGUCCACACAAAGAUAACAAUGGAGAAUGGAGAUUUGGGGACCAACCACUCAAAAUAAGCAAUGAAAAGAUUAUGAUUGGAAAUAAAAAUUGGGCAUUAACACCCGGUUUGUUUGAACUGUUGUUUUAUCAAGACCCCAAGAACUAUGAUCAUACAGAACUCGAUAUUUACAAAACAAUAUUAUUAGACACAAAUGCGCAUAAAAUAAACUAUGAAUCUAAUGGACGAACAAAGUCCAACAGGGGACAAAAAUAUAAGAAAAUAAUAAAAAAUAUAAUAGAGGAUACUCACAGCGGCAAAGGCUUACUGACAAUAAAUCCUGGUAAACCCAACUAUAUAUACUGGGACGAUCCCAACGAAUUGAUAGAACGAUUAAAGCUGUUGUUGGCAUCACAACAAGCCGGAAACAAUAACCAUACUAAUGAAAUUGUUUCUAUUAUCGAGGAACUGCGAGAAGGAAAUAUAAUAUAUUAAAUAAUACUCUCAAGGAGCAUACAACAUAUGACUGUUGACAAGUUUGGACAUCAUUACAAUCAAAAAAAUCAAUCAAUAGCAGUGAGAGAAAAUGUUUCGAGAUUAUUGGGAGUCAAUAUUGAUGAAGAUAACAACCUUAACGUGCAAAAUAAAAAGAUUAGGAAUGUUGCAUCUCCAGCAGAAGGAGCGGAUGCGGUCAACCAAGCAUACGUACAUACGCAAAUCAAGCACAUUCAAGAAAUUUUAAAGAAAAAUUUCAUUCAAGAGUGCACCUUCCUAAGAGAAGAAAUAUCACAACUCAAACGUUCACAAAACGAAAUAUUUAAAGCCUUAUCGCAAGCUCCAUUCAACUCACCAGCUUUAAUAUAUCAUACCGAAUAAAACAAUGGAAAAGCGGGGUUUGGUAAAUGAACUUCAUCAUCAAGCACGAAAAAACUUUCCAAGACGAAGGGUUAUUACAAAGGGUAUUGAUGAUCUCUGGCAAGCAGAUUUAGUUGAAAUGGGCAGUUACUCAAAAGCAAACAAGGGGUUCCGAUUUUUGUUAACUGUCAUCGAUACAUUUUCGAAAUUCGCAUGGUGUGAAGCCCUUAAAACAAAAACGGCAACGGAUGUUUCUAUGGCUUUUGAAAAAAUCUUACAAAGAGGAAGAAUUCCAAAAAAUUUGCAAACCGAUGAUGGAAAAGAAUUUUUCAACACAGAUUUUAAAAAACUAAUGCAGAAAUAUUCCAUAAACCACUACUCCACAUAUAGUGUAUUGAAGGCCUCAAUUGUUGAGCGUUUUAAUAGAACUUUGAAGUCGCUAAUGUGGAAGGAGUUCAGUUAUAAUGGGAAUUAUCUAUGGAUUGAUGUUUAUAGAGAAUUGGUUAAACAAUACAAUAAAACACCUCAUCGAACAAUAAAAAUGGCCCCUAUUCAAGAGACAAAACUUUCGUGUGGGUGAUCAUGUACGCAUUAGCAAAUAUAAACAUCAAUUUGAAAAGGGAUACACGCCAAAUUGGACUACGGAAAUAUUCAAGAUAAGAACAAUAAGAAUAACAAACCCCGCUACUUAUUUAUUAGAAGACUAUGAAGGAAAUCCCAUCCAAGGAUGUUUCUACAAAGAAGAACUUUUACCCACAAAAUAUCCCAACACGUAUUUAGUUGAGAAAAUUUUAAAAACAAAAGGUAAUAAAGUCUUGGUUAAGUGGCUGGGAUU